UUGUUCGAACCUGAGAACGAAGGCCCGAAACUGGCGUUUAUGAGUGCAAUCGAAAAGGUGAAUCUUAAGAAUGAGAUUCUACCUCAGACGUUACUUAUAUACGACGUUUUGAAGGUUCAACCUCAGGAUAGUUUUCAGGCAUCAAAUUUAGUUUGUAAGCAACUUGAAAAAGGCAUAGCUGCAGUAUUCGGUCCCCUGUCAAGUUCUUCUGCCGCUCACGUACAAUCAAUAUGUUAUGCACUGGAGAUCCCACACUUGCAAACUCGAUGGGACUCCCGUGAUAUUAGGGAUGUUGAUUAUUUUUCAAUAAAUCUUUACCCUCAUUACUUGACCUUAAGCCGCGUAUUCUUGGAUCUGGUAGUACAUUGGAAUUGGAAACAAUUUACAAUAUUAUAUGAAAAUAACGACGGUAAGUGUUAUUUGACUAUUUUGUUUUCAGUUUCGUUAAACCUCUUCCCGUUCAAUGAAAUUUCGUACGUUUCUCCUAAAUGUCCAGGCUUGUUUUCAAAGCAUUUAGUUAACCCUUAUUCGUUCUGAGAAAUAUUAAGCUUU